CAGCUAGGGUAACGCACUGCCAGGCGCAAGCAGAGUGCCCCGCGGGGGCGGACUCCAGGCGCUCGCACCCUGGCCAUGGCUCACCCCUCGAGCCUGCAGCCGCUGCCGCCCGUGGUCCUGCUCCUGCUGCUGCAGUUGCCGGUGCUGCUCGGAGCCGGGGACUCCCUCCCCACAGAGGGUCGGCUCACGAAUAGCUGUAUCCAAGCCAGGAGGAAGUGCCAGGCCAACCCCACUUGCAAUGCUGCCUACCAGCACCUGGAAUCCUGCAUCUAUAAUACAAGCACCUCAUCACCCUCAGAAGAGCCAUCAGUCCCUGCGGCUUGCCUGGAGGCAACACAGCAACUCAAGAACAGCUCUCUGAUGGGCUGCACAUGCCACCGGCGCAUGAAAAACCAAGCUACCUGCCUGGACAUCUACUGGACUGUUCACCCUGCCCACAGACUUGGUGACUAUGAGCUGGAUGUCUCCCCCUAUGAAGACACAGUGACCAGCAAACCCUGGAAAAUGAAUCUUGGCAAACUGAACAUGCUCAAACCAGAUUCGGACCUCUGCCUCAAGUUCGCCAUGCUGUGCACGCUUAAUGACAAGUGUGACCGGCUGCGCAAGGCCUAUGGGGAGGCAUGCUCGGGACCCCGCUGCCAGCGCCAGGUCUGCCUCGGGCAGCUCCGUACCUUCUUUGAGAAGGCGGCGGAGUCCCACGCGCAGGGACUGCUGCUGUGUCCGUGCGCGCCCGCGGACCGGAGCUGCGGGGAACGCCGGCGCAACACCAUCGCUCCUAGCUGCGCCCUGCCAGGUGCUGCCCCCAACUGCCUGGAGCUGCGCCGCAGCUGCUUCUCCGACCCGCUGUGCAGAUCACGCCUGGUGGAUUUUCAGACUCACUGCCAUCCCAUGGACAUCCUAGGGACCUGUGCAACAGAGCAGUCCAGAUGUCUGCGAGCAUACAUGGGGCUGAUUGGGACUGCCAUGACCCCCAACUUUGUUAGCAACCUCAAUGCCAGUGUCGCCUUAAGCUGCACCUGCCGAGGCAGUGGCAACCUGCAGGAGGAGUGUGAGCAGCUGGAAGGGGCCUUCUCCCACAAUCCCUGCCUCAUGGAAGCCAUUGCAGCUAAGAUGCGUUUUCAUAACCAUCUCUUCUCCCAGGACUGGGCAGACUCUACUUUUUCUGUGAUGGAACGCCAGGAUAAAAACCCUGCUCUGAGGCCACAGCCUUGGGUGUCCUCUCUUUUCUCCUGCACACUUACCUUGAUUCUUCUCUUGAGACUCUGAUAGCUGGACUUUCCUUGAGACACUCUUCCUCUCCACAAUACCCAUCCUGACCUGCAGACUGCAAGGGGUGAGGAAAGGACAGCAACAGGAAGGAGGUGCAGUGUGCAGUGUGGCCACUUCACCUGUCCGGUGACCUCCUGAUGAGGCUACAGUAGAAGCUAGAGGCUGUUGAUCUCCUGAUCCUGAUCUGCUGGGUUCUCACUCCUUCCACCCCUACCUCUCCUUCUAACUCAGGCUGCCCCUCUCUAGAUUUGGUGGCAUCAUGGUUUAGCCAUAUCUUCUGGUAGUGUCCACCUCUACCAGGCUCUCUUUUGAUCCCUUUCUUGAGCCCACCAGGAUCACCCAGGGAGGAGAUGCCCUACAAUCUAACAAAUCAGCCAUUCUCUAUUGCAUUCUCCAGGCAAGCAGGGCUGGGGGUUCUGAGGCAGCCUAGAAAGACAUUCCCCAUCUUGCCCUCUUCCAAAUGGGGGAUGGGUACCUGCUGCUUGCACUGCCCUAGCCCUGGGAGACUUCAGAGCAUUUGAGCAUCAAGGAUAAGAGCUUCUGCGCCUUGCUUCAUCCCAGUUACUGCCCCAUAGUACCCUCAGCCCUCAGAUCAUGAUUAAACAUUUUGACUUAAAA